AUGGAAUCGAAGUUGGACACAGCCUUGGACUCAGCGUAUGAAUCUGUCGUUUCACUGGCUGCCACAUUCGGGGCAAACCCCAGGCUCACAAGUACAGCUCGUCUUUCUAGCAACCAAACGGAAUCUGUAACAGGUAUUCUGCUUGUGGAUUCAGAAGGCCUUUGUCUUUCAGCAAAGGGUGUGGCACCUCCGUUGGCUGCAGGGUACAUUGCCUCAAUAGCGCUUCGUGCAUCUCGUCUCGCUCAACAUCAUAGCUCGAAUACGGAGAAAGACGAUAGUCUUCCAACGGUGUGCAUUGAAUCGAGUGCCAUGAAUAUUCUCAUACGACAGGAUGAUGAGAUGACUUUGGCAGUCUAUAAAACUGCAUGA